AUGAAUACCAGAUCUACAUCACAAGCAUCCGCCUCACAACCACAACAUCACCUAGACUCAUCCGCACUUCUGCAGUCGAGGGAAUUAGGGGAGGUUGGUAUUGAGAAGCCAAACUAUGCUUCCACGAUAGCAAGCAAGCCAGCGCCCGUCGCAAAGUCGUGGGCGCAUUUCGUAGCUGGAGGAAUAGGAGGCAUGACAGCCGCAACCCUAACCGCACCCCUCGACGUCCUAAAAACCCGCCUGCAAUCCGACUUCUACCAAACCCAACUCCUGCAAUCCCGCGCCGCCAAAGGUAUCUCGCCCCACGCGCACCUGUCCGCUUUUCGCUCCUCGAUUCUGCAUUUCCGCGAGACGUUCCAGAUUCUCGGGUCUGUGCACAAACUCGAAGGAUGGCGCGCUCUCUUUAAGGGCCUGGGGCCGAACCUGAUCGGUGUGGUGCCUGCGCGGAGUAUUAAUUUCUUCGUAGUUGGCAAUGGAAAGAGGAUCAUUGCGGAUUAUGGGAAUGAGGGCAAGGAGGAUGCGUGGGUGGUGUUGUGCGCGGCGGCGCUGGCGGGCGUGGUUACCAGUACGGUUACGAAUCCUAUCUGGUUGAUCAAGACGCGGCUGCAGCUGGAUAAGAAUGUGGUGGAGAGGAGUGGGGGACAUGCGGCGCGGCGGUAUAGGAAUAGUUGGGAUUGUAUCAAGCAGGUUAUUAAUAAGGAGGGCGUGAGGGGACUUUAUAAGGGGAUGAGUGCGAGUUAUCUAGGGGUUACGGAGAGUACGCUGCAGUGGGUGCUGUACGAGGAGAUGAAGAAGAGCUUGGAGAGGAGGGAAGGUAGGAUUGUGGCGAGUGGGAGGGAGAGGACAGCGUGGGAUCAGGUGGUUAGCUGGACGGGGAGUAUUGGGGCAGCGGGGAGUGCGAAGUUGGUUGCGGCGCUGGCUACUUAUCCUCACGAGGUCGCCCGCACACGUCUCCGUCAAGCACCAUUAGAGAACGGAAAGCCGAAAUACACAGGCUUAGUCCAGUGCUUCAAGCUGGUCUGGAAAGAAGAGGGCAUGGUUGCCAUGUACGGUGGUCUCACCCCGCAUUUGCUGCGGACGGUGCCCAGCGCAGCCAUUAUGUUCGGAAUGUAUGAGGGUAUCCUGAAGCUACUACAUGCAGAGAGAUAG